GCAGGUUACGUACUCCCCCCCACGUACUGUUUAGUGUGCUAGUAUGCAGUUUUCGGUAUGCGUCUGAAACCGAAACGUUCUUUAUCCUCGUUCAAAUUUGUAGCCAGACAGCAUCAGUAGCGUAUCAGGAUAGAGACAUAAACAUAUAUCCAAGAAGCGAUAAAAUUCUGUUAAAACUGAAUGCUAAAUCUAAAUACAGAGUGCAAAGCAUAGUGUUUUAUUUGCUCGAGGUGUCCCUGUGCCCCAGUCAGCAUGGCAGAAGCUCACCAGGCCGUGGCCUUUCAGUUUACUGUCUCUCCCGAUGGUAUUGAUUUGCAACUGAGCCAUGAAGCCCUGCGCCAGGUCUACCUGUCAGGCCUCCACUCGUGGAAGAAGAAGUUCAUCCGCUUCAAGAAUGGCAUUAUGACUGGUGUAUACCCAGGCAGUGCCCCAGGGCUGAUGCUGGUGCUUGCAGGGUACAUGGGAAGGGCAAAAUAUGCUCAAGUGGAUCCCUCCUUAGGGCUCUUCCAUAAAAUUGGCAAAUAUGUCCCAGUAAGUAAAUACAUGUCCCUGGACAACCAGAGCAGAGUUGGGGGCAUUUUGGUGGGCACAGGGCUCUGGGUGGUCAUCAUUUUUACCAUGAGAAGCAUGCUGAAGGGCCUGCUCUCCUGGUUUGGCUGGAUGAAUGAACGUCAUGGCUCACUGACAUGGAAAACACGCAUCUGGCUGGCACUGGUGAAGAUUUUCUCUGGGAUGCAAACACCAAAUCUGUAUAGCUUCCAGACAUCGCUGCCUAAUUUACCCCUGCCCUCUGUGAAAGAAACAAUGAAACGAUAUCUAGAGUCUGUGCGCCCUCUCCUGGAUGAUGAGGAAUACAAAAAGAUGAAGGAACUCGCUUUAGACUUUCAGAAGACCCUAGCCCCCAAACUCCAGUGGUACUUGAAGUUGAAGUCAUUGUGGGCCACCAAUUAUGUCAGCGAUUGGUGGGAGGAGUACAUCUAUCUUAGAAGCCGUAACCCGAUUAUGGUCAAUAGCAACUAUUAUGCCAUGGACUUCCUCUAUGUUUUCCCCACACAUCAUCAGGCAGCGAGGGCUGGUAACACCAUCCAUGCCAUCAUGCUGUACCGGAGGAAGCUGGACCGAGCUCAGAUUAAACCGCUUAUGCUACAAAACACUAUUCCCAUGUGCUCAUCACAGUAUGAGUGCAUGUUCAACACCAGUCGCAUCCCAGGCAUAGAGACAGACACCCUCCAGCAUGUGUCAGACAGCAGGCAUAUUGUGGUAUACCACAAAGGACGCUAUUUUAAGGUGAGCAUGUUUUACGAUGGACGCCUGCUCCUGCCACGAGAGAUAGAACAGCAGAUCGAGAGGAUCCUUGCUGACACCUCCGAGCCCCAGCCUGGAGAGGAGAAACUGGCUUCCCUAACUGCAGGAGACAGGGUGCCUUGGGCAUGUGCCCGUGAUGCCUACCUUAGACAGGGGAAGAACAGGCAUAGUCUUGAUGCUGUGGAGAAGGCAGCAUUCUUUGUCACGCUGGACGACACCGAGCAGCGUCACGAUCCAGACGAUCCAGUCGAGUCACUGCACAAAUUUGGUAAAUCCCUGCUGCAUGGCAAGUGUUAUGACAGGUGGUUUGAUAAGUCUUUUAACCUAAUCAUCUACAAGAACGGAACAAUUGGCCUGAAUGCAGAGCACAGCUGGGCUGAUGCUCCAAUUAUAGGCCACCUCUGGGAGCAUGUGCUGUCGACUGAUGCUAUCAAGCUGGGUUACACAGAUGAUUACCACUGUAAAGGACAGCCUCACCGCAACCUCCCUGGACCUCAAAGGCUACAGUGGAACAUUCCCCCUGAGUGCCAAACCAUGAUCGCCAACUCCCUGUCCGUGGCUCAGGCUUUGGCUGAUGAUGUGGACAUGGUCAUUAUCCCUUUCCAAGAGUUUGGUAAAGGGCUGAUCAAGAAGUGCAAGACCAGCCCAGAUGCCUUCAUCCAGAUUGCCUUGCAGCUCGCCCACUUCAGGGACAAAGGGAAGUUCUGCUUGACUUACGAGGCAUCCAUGACCCGUCUUUUCAGAGAGGGACGGACUGAGACAGUGCGAUCGUGCACCAAUGAGACCUGUGCCUUCGUCAAGGCCAUGGUCAACAAUGAGACGAGAGAGAAGAAACUGAGCCUGCUGAAGCAGGCAGCGGAGAUGCACCAGCAGAUGUACCGACUAGCUAUGACCGGGAAGGGCAUUGACCGCCAUCUAUUCUGUCUCUAUGUAAUCUCACAGUACUUGCAACAGGACUCUCCCUUCCUCAAAAAGGUGUUGUCUGAGCCAUGGCGGUUGUCUACCAGUCAGACACCAAUGCAGCAACCAGAGCUGUUUGACCUGGUGAACCAUCCUGAGUAUGUUUCCAGCGGUGGUGGUUUUGGCCCGGUGGCUGAUGAUGGUUACGGAGUAGCUUAUAUCAUUGUGGGAGAGAACCUCAUUAACUUCCAUAUCUCCUGCAAGUGUUCCAGCCCAGAAACGGAUGCUCGACGCUUUGGCAGAAACAUCAAACAGGCGAUGCUUGACAUGCUGGAAUUGUUCCAGCUGAAACCAAGGGCGCUGAAGUGACAAGGCAAUGCUGUCACUUACAUAAUUCAUUGUGUUCUUCCUAUAUUAUUGUUCGAAUGGGUUUGACAUACGAGUUGGACUUCAAAGUGGAAGGAUUUAAAAUUCUUGAUUAAUGUGUGCUUUUAAAAAGAGAAUAAAUCAGGCAAGUAUAAGGGCCAAGCAGUAGGCAUUUUAAAUAAACAAAUUAAUUGACGUGUUAACCGUCAUUUAGGAAGUCCGUGAUCUCAUGCUUCAUGUUCACAUAUUUGAAAGAUACUGAGCUCUUAAACCACACCGUCUAACAGUCUGCUGACAUUUCAGCUUACAUUUCAGUGGACAAAAUAACCGCCUAAGCAUAGGUCAGUAAGGAAGCAGUUCUUUUUACCUUGGCUAACCCCCUCAAUGUGGUUAAUGGCGUCAUUGUGGUAAAGCUUACUCAAAGUGAUUUCAGUGGAAUUGGGCCUCGUUGGCUCUCCAGCUAACAGUUUUCCUGCACACAUCUUGCAUUACCGAGUCAUGCCAAAGUAUGUUUUACUAUAAUACAUUAUAAGUAUUAUAUGGUUAUAUGAACAUUACAAAUUUGAACUAAAGUAAUUGAUUGAGGUUUGAAUGCAUUUUCUGUUUAUUGUUGUUUACAAAAAAAAAAAUUCAAAUAGGAAACAGUUUCAGUCUCAUAACCGGCCUCAAUAUGAAGGGGUAAUAGAGCAUAAUGUUAAUGUGCAUUGUUUUUAUUAUUUUACAAGUCUGUUUUGUUUCUUAAUGUCAUUUCAUGCUUGAAUUUUUGUUAAAUUAAUUUUAGCUUUUGAAAAGAUAUCUAAAUCAGUUAUUUAUUUUCAGUUUUUUUUUUCUUGGUUGGUUGGUUUCUUAAUGUAAUUUAGUGCUUGAAUUUAACAAAAGUCAUAAACUAAGAAUGAGCAAAUAAAAAAAUUUGUUCUCUGCUAUAAAAAAAUGAAAUAAAAAUUUUGUUUUUUUCUGGGAAGAAAUGUCAGUAAAAAGAAGACAAGUCAUGAAUUCAGGUGGUAAUGUUAAAUAGAAAUUUAAAUUUGGUGUAUAUAUGGAUGCAAAUUCUCAUGCUGUAAGACCAGCUGUUUGUCAUAUAAUUGGGAACCAAUCAAAUACCAUCAAAGAUCUAUGGAAGGUGUUGCUACGCCAUGUCAAUAUUGAACAAUACUGAAUAAAUCAAUAUUCAAAUAA